GAGAUGAAAACGCGAUAGUGGCAACUGGCAGCGCGCAAGUCGCAGCACUCAUCAAUCUACGCACGGUACUGUCCAGACUUUCGCGGGAAUUAAUUUAUUCCUCUCUAAGUUUGAUUAAAAUAUGUUUGUGCAAGAAGCGUGAAACAAUUUUCUUUUUUCUGCUCUGCCCGUCGGUCGUGGUUAGUUUGUGAGCAGUGCAUGGACGUUACGGUCGUCUUGUGGCGUAUUUGUUUUCUUACGGCGAGACGGACGGCGGCGGACGACACGGGGAGCGCGCGCGGUGAUGGGACCAGUCACAUUUUAGCACAACAACAUGCACAUCCUGGAGAUAGGGGCCGAGCAAGAAGAUGACAGCGGGAGCGCACGCGCAGCGGAGGCUGCGUUUCGUACCGUUCCGCGCGAUCACACUACCUUUCUCGUCUGGAGAAUCACUGAUUCGUGCACGGAGUUGCUGCCUCGCACGCACUACGGCACUUUCUAUGACGCGGAGGCUUAUCUGGUUUACUCGGCGUCUCUGCCGGGACAGCCGGCCGGUCCGGAUGUCAUUCGUCGGGAAAUAAAAGAGAACGGCAAUGGAGAGUACGCUGAGCGCCACAUACACGCGUGGGCAGGGGAGCGCAGUGGGAACCUGAGCGCGACCGCCCUGCGCCGCGGUACACAGCUCGCGACGCACCUGGCCGAACCCGCCGUCAUCCACAGGGAGGCCGCCACCAAGGAGACACCGAGGCUGCUCUCCUACUUUAGAGAUGGGAUAAGGAUCCUCAGAAGCGGCUCAGACAACCUGAACGGCGGUGCGCGGUUGUACCGAGUGCGCGGGCGCAGGCCCGUGCUGGUGCAGCUGGAGCCGGUGUCGUGGUCGCAACUGGCAGCAGACGGCGUCUUCGUGCUCGACACCGCAUCGCUGCUCGUGUUGUGGCUCGGACGCGCUGCCAACUUAGUUGAGAAGAUAUUCGGAGCGAAAAUCGCGUAUCGGAUGGCCCGAGGGGCGGAUAAAGGCAUGACAUCGCGCCGCAUCACCAUUGCGCAUGACGGAUACGAACAGACCCUGCCCGCGAACGACCGCGCGCUGCUGGACGCCCUGCUGGAGCUGCGCGCGCGCUCCGUGCGCCCCGCCGCGCCGCCCGCCGACACCGCGCGCCCUGCACGCCUGUACAAAGUGACGCAGCCGCAGAGACUCACUCCAGUCACCGUACCGUCACAAAGACCCACUGCGAGGCUGGAGGAAGUCAAACGUGCCCCGCUUUUUAGAGAAGAUCUGGCUGAUGACGGUGUGUAUAUAGUAGACAGCGGCAGUCGCGGAGUAUGGGCCUGGAUCGGGCAGCAAGCGACCGGUCCGACUAAGCGCGGCGCAUUAGCAGCAGCCCGCGGCUUGGCUCGUGCUAAGCGGUAUACGGGCGCCGUGUGUGUGACUGCGGCGGGAAGAGAACCUCUUGAAUUCGCAGCACUGUUCCGAAACUGGCGCUGGUGCGAUUCGCGGCGCGAUGUGAGACUGCGUGCUGCACGCUCCGCAACUACCAAGCUCGAUGCAGUCAAUCUAGCUUCUAACGCCUGGCUUGCUGCAGAGGCGCAGCUCCCUGACGACGGGUCAGGGUCGCUGCGUGUGUGGCGCGUGCGGCGCGAGGAGGAGGCGGGGGGUGCGGCGGGGGCCGCGGGGGGAGCGCGGGUGGAGCUCGAGCGCCCGCAGACCGCCGCCUUCUACGACCACGACGUCUACAUCGCGCUCUACACGUACCACGCGCCCACCGGCGACCAGACCAUCAUAUACUAUUGGAUGGGUGGCUCUUCGCCAAAUGACCUGAGGAAUUUGGGCGCAAAAGAAGCCAAAGACCUCUAUGUUAAACUAGGACGUCUUCCUGUUCAGGCUUGGGUGUACCAAGGGAAAGAACCAGCGCAUUUCCUACAAAUAUUUAAGGGUCGUAUGGUUACUUACGUGGGGAGCGCAACUGAUUAUGAUCCCAGCGGUCGUCGCAUGGUCCCACCGUCGCGCGUACUAAUCCGCGUGUCAGGGCAGUACGCCCGCGAGGCUCGAGGCGUGGAGGUCCGGGAGAACUGCCCCGGCACCGACCGCGGCGCGUGCUACAUAGUGCGCGAGGGCGCGCGCGUGUGGGUGUGGUGCGCCGCCUCCGCCACCGGGGACGAGAGGGAAGUCGCCAAGAACAUGGCCGCCGCUGAACACACGCUUGUUAUGCAAGGUAAAGAGAAGCCGGACUUCUGGACAGCACUAGGGGAGAGACGACAAUUGUUGACACCUACUCCGUUGAAAGAAGUAGAGCGCCCGCUGCCGCCACGUCUCUUCUACGUGUCCGCUGGUGCGGGACAGUAUUCAUUCUCGGAGAUAGUGUCGUUCACGCAGUACGAGCUGGUGCCGGAGAUGGCGGGCGUGCUGGACGCGCACGGCGCGGUGUUCGUGUGGCUCGGCGCGCACGCCUGUCCGCGCGCCAAGGACGAUGCGCGCAACAUCGCACGAGCCUACCUGAUACAAGAUCCGGCUGCGCGCGAUCUCGAGACUCCUAUAAUCACGGUGAGUCAAGGCCGCGAACCACCGCACUUCACUGGCUUCUUCCCGCAUUGGAAGCUCACCAUGUGGAAGGGUCACAAAACAUUUAGCGCAAUAAUCAGCGCGUUGGAAGGCAAGGCGAUCGUGCACGGCGGUAACUGCGCGCUCCAGAGCGGCAACUCCGCCAACCGAUUCGAUCAGUAUGAGAAGUACACGCUGGCGCUGCUGCGAGGGCCCAAGGAACAUCUGCCGCCCGACGUCGACCCGCUUGUUAAAGAGUUAUAUCUGACCCACGACGAUUUCGUGUCCACAUUCGGCCUCACGUACAGCGACUUCAGAGCUCUACCUGGAUGGAAACAAAAGGAUCUCAAGAAAGCCGUCGGUCUCUUCUGAAGAAUUUAUUGCGACACUUUAUGUAUAGCAUCAACACGAUUUAAAAAUGAAAGAAAAACAUUCAUGGGCUUUUAUGGUCUACACACUCAUUGCAUAGACCUGUAUUAAAAAUAAUAAAUUCCAUCAUUUCGAGUUACUUUGGCGUUUAGCGAUGCUUUAUUUUUCUCUGCUUUAAAUUAUUAAAUCUUAGAAUAAUUAUAAUCAAGUAGUUUACGGCUAAUGAACUUUAUAUUGGCGGUAAAUCGAACUAUUUCCUCAUUUAUCGGUAAAGGCCAGCCUAAUUCGAAAAACAUUAUGUAAUUAAAAAUAAUUUAUAAAUUCUUAAAAUACAAUUAUUUUACGUUAUGUUAGGAAUUCUGCAAGAAUUGAUGUUCUUGGAGUUUACCUCGAUCAGAGAGCAUUUAAGGAGUGUAGUAGGAAUUAUAUUUGUUGUCUUAUUUUAAUCAAAUUUAUAUAAAGAAUGUUGUGUUACGUUUAUAUUGUUGUAUUUAAAUUAAGUGCAUGUAUUAGUUUGUUCACAGCCGUUAUAGAAGCAUUAAAGUGCGAGUAACUUUAACUUGCCACACAGCGCACAAAAAUAUAACGUCUAUGAACCAAACAGUGUAGCAGACGAUUAUAGAAGCAUAGUUAAAUAAAACAAUGAGUUUUAAAA